AUGGCACAAGUGGUGGAGCUGCAAGAGAAAACCAAGAAAAGAAACAAGAUGUCUUGUCUUAAGCAUUGCCCAAACUUAAUCAGUCGUUAUAAUCUGGCAAAGCAACUUCAAAAGAAGACAAAUGAAAUUAAAAAUCACAAUGCUCAAGCUAAAUUCGAAGAGUUUUCUCGACUUGCUACACUUGUAGAUGUGGACUAUUUUUCUUCACAAGAUUUUGUGGAGUUUCAGAGUAGAAAGGUAGUUUAUGAGGAUCUUUUGAGGGCCAUCAAGGAUGAUAAGAUUCAUAUUAUAGGAUUGUAUGGCAUGGGCGGGUCUGGGAAAACAACUUUUGUAAAAACAGUGGGCAAAGAAGCAAAGAAAUUUCUUGACGAAGUAGUCUUUGUGGUUGUGUCCAAUACCAUUGAUGUAAGACAAAUUCAGAAAGGGAUUGCCAGCCCACUAAAGUUGGAAUUGAAAGAGGAUGAAGACACACAAGUGAGAGCCAGACGCUUAUCCAUGAGAUUGAGCAGCGGAGAAAGGUUUUUGAUUAUUUUGGAUGACGUAUGGGAGAAGCUUAAUUUUGAGGACAUAGGGAUUCCUACUGAUAAUGAUCAAAUGGGUUGCGUUACUCUUAUGACCACCCGUAACUUACAUGUAUGUGAAUUGAUGGAUUGCCAAAAAAAAUUUCACUUGGAGGGUUUAAAAGAGAAUGAUUCGUGGGCCCUUAUUAAGAAGCAUACUGGGUUGUCCGAUGAUUGUCCUAAUAAAUGCAAGGAUAUAGCAAACGAAUUUACAAAAAAAUGUGGUGGUUUACCUAUUGCAAUUGCAGCAAUAGCCAGUGCUUUGAAGGGUAAGCCUUAUGAUGAGUGGGUUGCAGCAUGGAAAACAUUGAGAGAUCCUAGUUGGAUAGAUAUUGAAGAUGGUUUAAAAAGCACUUAUGGAUGUAUUCGGUUAAGCUAUGAUUAUUUAGGGAAUGAGGUGGCUAAGUCACUCUUCUUAUUUUGUUCCGUGUAUCCAGAAGGUUAUGAAAUUCAUACUAAGGAAUUAAUCAUAAUGGGAGUAGGCCUUGGUCUAGCAGGAGAUAUUUCCUCACAUUGGUGGGCAAGGACUCAAGUGAUCAAUAAAGCCAUAAAGAAGCUUAUAGAUUCUUGUUUGCUGCUAAAAGUUGAUGAUGAAGAUGGAACUCAUCACAUCAAAAUGCAUGACUUGGUUCGUGAUGUAGCUCUAUGGAUAGCAAAAAAGGAGAGUAAGUUGAUUAUGGGACAAUCAAAAGAGGUCAUGAUAAUGAAGGACCAUGACGUAAGAUAUUUAUGGUUUGAAGACGUUGAUAAAUGUCCCAACAAGCUCUAUUGUCCUGAACUUAAGUUUCUUUGUGUCUCCAUAAAUUCAAAGUCUUCUGUGACCAUACCCGGUGAUUUUUUCAAUGAUAUGGAGAAGCUCAGAGUUUUGAUUCUCACCAAUACUGAUUAUUUAAAAGCAGAUUUAGUAGUCCUUCCAUUGCCCGAUUUGGUCCCCAUGACAACUAUCUUACGUUGCUUGUUGUUAUGGGGUUGCCAAUUAGGUGAUAUCUCUUUCAUAGGGAAGUUAAAAAGACUUGAGUCUCUUAUAUUGGGGAAUUGUUCUUUCAAUGAAUUGCCAAAGUGCAUCAUACAACUAAAUGAAUUGAGAUUACUAAAUUUGAGUGAGUGCCAAAUUCAAAGGAAUCCUUUUGAAGUAAUGGGAAGAUGUUCACAAUUGGAAGUAUUAUAUUUUUGUGGCAAUGGUGGAAAAGAUUGGGAAGACCAAAAUAAAAAUAGUGCUGAAUUUUUUGAUAAAAUUAGCACUGCCACACCAGCACUGGAGAGCUAUUGCAUACAUUUUGACCAUACUGAUGAAGAUUCUACUGAACAUUCAUUUCCCUUGUAUUGUCACUCUUUUGUUGAAAAAAGUUUAUAUAUUGAAGAUUUUGAGAAUUGUAUUUCAAUUGCAGCAAGUAAGGAUAUGAUGAAAAGGGCAAAGACUCUUUCUUUGAGGAGAAUUCCUAGAAGUUGGAAAAAUAUCAUUCCUAACCUGUGUCAAACAAUAGGAGGAAGUAUGAAUGAGUUGACUUGUCUUGCUGUUCAUGAUUCUAAUGGGAUAGAAUGCAUGAUAGGCCAUGCAACUAAUUCAAGUCAAGUUGGAAUCAUCUCUAAUUUGACUCAUCUAACUCUUUCAAAUGUGAAGCAUUUGAAAACUUUACAUUGUGGUCAGCUUUCCCAAGGACUUUUUGCAAACCUGGAGGAGCUUCAUAUAAGCUAUUGUGAUUCACUUGAGCAUGUAUUGAAAGAAGAUAUGAAGGAAAUAGCUGAUGGAAGUGAAUAUCAUAAUUACGAAAAUGCAUUUCCCAAAUUGAAAAAACUUCAAAUGUGCAGUUGCAGGAAACUAGAAUUCUUAAUGCCUAUCUCUUUCGCAAAGAGCCUUGCACAUUUGAAAGAAUUAGAUCUUGAUGGAAAUGAUGAAUUGAGAAGCGUGUUUGGCCAAUCUCUUUAUGAAGGCUUAAAUCUAAACAAGCCUCAAAUAAUUGAGUUUGCUGCUCUAGAGUAUCUUCAACUUACAAAGUUGCCAAAUAUCGACCUAUUGAAAGUGGUCGUGGUUCCACCAGAAACUUUAGAGAAACUAUUGAUUCAACAUGAUGAUGAAGUAGAAGUUGUUUUUGAUGUCGAAAAGCUUCCUAUCAAUAGACAACAAGUAAACUCGAGGUUAGAUGACCUUGAUUUGUGUCAUCUACCCAAAUUGAGGCAUAUAUGGAGGGGUCCCAAAAAUUAUUUACCCCUCCAACAUCUUCGGUGGUUAAAACUAUCCAAUUGUGGAAAUUUGAAAGAAGUAUUCCCUUCAUGCAUCUUGAAAGAACUCGCACAAUUGAGGCAACUUAACAUUACAGACUGUAAUGAGUUGGAGGAAAUCAUUGAAGAAGAUGAUCAAAAUGUGUCGACUUCUCCGAAACCUCUCUUCCCACGACUUGUUUCAAUCUACAUCAAACGUUGCCAUAAGUUGAAAUGCGUAUUCCCUAAGAUCUUUGCAUGUCGACUGAUUCCAAAUAUAAAGGUAUUGUACAUAGAAGAUACAUCUGCGCUUGAGCAAGUAUUUGGAGAUGAACAGCAUGACACAACACACACAUACGAGGCUGCCACUCCUGUGUUGGAAUUAGAAUAUGUUGUCCUUUGGAACCUUCCCUCACUCACUUCGGUCAAUCCAUCCACCGCUUUCCAAACCGCGAGGCACAUUAUUGUGCAACGAUGUCCCAAACUAUCUCUUACUUCCUCUGUUACUCCUCAGGAAAUGCAUGACAAACUAUUGGAAGGAUUUUGUUGGGAGUAUGAUGAAUUAUGUUGGGGUUUAAGUGAUAUUAUCGAAUCCACGAAUGAUUCUGAUAGAGAAAUCACCCAACAAAUUGGUUGUCAAGAAAUUGGAGACCAGAGGAAUGACCAAGGAUUGACAUCCAUUACUUCAUCAAACUUGAAACAGAAUGUUGAAGGAGCUGAAGAGUGUACUAUAUCAGAAAAUGUUCAGAUAUCUACUUCAUUAGCUCAUUCAGAACCUGAAAGCUCAACCAAGAGUAUCAAUCAAAUAAUGCCCGGUUCAGAGAUACCUGCAGUAAUGCCAACUUCAUCUUUACCUCCUCAAUCAGUUAGCAAGCCGUUGACAAGUAAUCCUAUAGAUAUAUCUCUACCUAAAACACCUCAUGAUAAAACUAUUAUUAGAGAUCUAGAAGUUCAGAGUGCUCAAGAGGAAACCGUUGUUAAACGAAGCUUUGAAGUUUCCCUAUCAUCUGAGAAUGCUAAAAUAACUACCUCAUCAACUAAUUCAAAAUUAGCAAGCUUGCUCCCAGGAACCCUAGCCAUUUCUUCAACAAACACAAUUCCACUUAUUCAUGGUCAAAUCAAGUUCAACACAAGGAAAUCAGAUGUUGAAGAGGAUGGGAAGGUGAUUCCUGUGACAAAUCUUAAAGACUUGGAAGAUGAUGAUCUCAUCAACAUGCUUCAAUCCAUGGAGGAUGAUUAUAGUGGUAAAACACCAACAUCAUCAUCUGUUCCUGCUGCUGCUGCUGCUGCUGCUAAAGAUGAGCUUGUUGCAAAGGCCCUUAGUGACUUGGAAGACUACUUGAAGAUGCCUCUUAAGGACAUAGCAACAUCAGAGGACUAUAUUCUUCGCCUUCAAACAGCUCUCAACUUCUUGUCUCGCCUUUCCUUGGAAGAUGAAGCUCUAUCCCAUGAAGUUAUGGCUAUAAUAAAGUCUAUGCACAAAGAGUUGCCUAACAUUCUGUCAUCUUUCAAGCUAGCAUUUGCUACUGUUAAUAAAUUUGCAGAGCUUGAAGAAAGAGAUAAGAGGAUCAAGGAGGAGCUAACUCAACGAAAGGAGGUUGCCACUGCUCUUGUUUCCCAAAUGUCCGAGACCCGGAAGUUUAUGGAUGAAGCUGAAGAGAACGAAGCUAGGCUGAAGGAGCAAAUCUCUAGGUUGGAGAAAGUGAAAAAGGAUUGUGAGGCUGAAUUAUUUUCUCUGCAAGAGCAAAAGAGGAAACAUAUUGUAGAAACAGUAGAGUUCAAGAAAGAGUUCGAGAUUGUGAGGAAAGAGAAGUCCGAGAUGGCAGAAGAUGAAAGAAAGUCCCGGCAACAACUGUUUCAGGUUGAUCAUAAAUGGUCAAUCCUAGGAAGCCAGUUUGAGCAAAACAUUGCUAAUAGAAAUCUCUAA